CGUUUGUCUAUCCAAACUGUCGUCCGCUCAAACAGACAAAAGUCGAGAUUUAUCUUGGUAAACAUGUAACUUUGCACGGUGACAAAUGAACUGCCGCCUUUUAAAGUCGGUUCGGUUGAAUCUUCGUUGACGCCAAACGCGGUUCUGACUGUUGUUGUGACGUCUCGAGAGAAUGAAAACCCGGGAUUUAUCUCCUCCUCCGCCACCGCCGGUUCACGUCCAUGUACCGGGAACCACACCUGUACAUGUCCACAUGAGAAGGAGUCCCAGCAGGAGCACACAGAAUAGGACAAAUGACACUCAGGUGAUGGGAAAUGGAGGAAGGCCAAAGGUGCGGGCGCCUUGGAUUCCUCCAGGAAGACUGUCCUCCCGGAGAGAUGUGGGUUCAUACAACUGUCAGAGAAGCAGACGGCAGCAUCAGUCAGAAAGUGGAAUCGGACAACAGUGGACUGCAGAGCAAGAAGAGGAGCUAUCUGCAGUAUCCAAAAAUCUCAGCGUCCUCCUCAGAGAACAAGAAGGAACUCGUCGUUUAAAAAAGUUAGAUUCUGGGGACCAACACAGGGAAACAGACGUGCUCCUGAGGGCACUCGUAGAAGCAGAAAUUGACGGCGUAGCAGUAGCCAAUCAGCUGACAGCCCUGAAGGAAACUAUCGACAGCCUCGCUAAGGACAAGCGGUUAUCAAAAUUGCACGCAGCUUCACUGGGACGGCAACAGGAGUUGCUGUUUGAGAAGAUAGAGUUGUUUGACCGGACAAAUCACGGCCUUCGAGAGCUCCUCAGAGAGUGGAGUCAAUACGAGAGAGAAUACCUGAUGUGGUCACAACAGAAAGAUGUCCUAAAGAAGAGAAUGGCUGACAGUGAAGCAGAGAACAUUCGACUUUUAGCCAAACUCACCAACAAGGAGAAAGAAGCUUCUAAGCUUGCGGAGCAUUUGGACUUUGAAAAGAACAACACAAAGACGACGGAAGAACUUUCAAGGAUCCUGCAGUCAACCCGUGAUCAUCUGGAAUCUGAGCUGAGCAGAACAGAAGCUGAAAAGGCCCAGCUGACCGCUCAAAUUCAGAGGAUGCAGCAGAGCCAUGAGCAGCAGCAAGGGGAGCUUCGGGCUCUGCAGGAGGAGCUCCAGAGUCUGAAUCAGCGGAGAGAGGAGGAGAAAGAGGAGCAGGGACGUCAAGAGGAGCUCGCCCUACUGACCCAGCAGGCUGAGCGGGCUGAAGAAUCUGCCAGACAGUUUGCAGUAAAACUUCAAGAGAAGGAAUCCCAGUUGACUCAAGCUCUGUCCACAUCCAGUGACUGGUGUCUCCGCCACUCCAAAGAGGCAGCUGCUAAAGGACAGCUGGAAGAGGAGAUUUCUGCUCUCAAGUUUCAAGUGACCGAGCUGAACUCUCGGCUUCAUUCGACGGAAGAGAGGAGUCGGGCGGAGAGGGAGGAGCUCAGGGAUCAGCUUCAUCAUCUCAGCGCUGAAAACACCUCCGCCGCACUCGACAACCAAAGACUCAAGGGUCAUUUGACGUCGUCUGAGGAGAAACUCAGAGGUUUGCAGUCUGAAGCCCGUCAGCUUAAAUUGUCAAUCAAAAAGCACGAAAACCUGAUGGAGAAAUACAAGAAGAAGGUCCAGCAGGCUCGUCUGGAAUCGGAGGAGUACUGCCUGAAGCUUGAGAUGACACAGAAGGAGGCGCGGGAGGUGCAGGUGAGCCUGGAGAGGGAGAAGGAGCAGGUGAGGAGGGAGCUGCUCAGCAGGGUCAGAGAGCUCGAGACAUUGCCCGACAGACUGAGGAGGACCGAGCAGCAGCUCAGGGAGGUACAACAGGAGGCCGACGUCUACGAGAGGAGGAACGUGGAGCACAACUCUUCCCUCUCUGAAGUCAGACACAAGGUGGAGCAGCAAGGCACUCAACUGGAGACGUUUCAGCAGAGGAACCUGCUGCUGCAGGAGGAGAACAACGUUCUCAAAGAGAAAAUCCACAGCUUAGAGAGGAGGCUGGAGGACACGAAGGGAGAAAACAAAGAGAUGUCUCAGGCUCUUUCCUCCAAGGAAUCUAGUAUCCAGUAUAUUCAACAGCAGCUGGAGGAGAAGAACCGCGAGUGCAGCGUCCUCUCCAGACAGCUACAACAAACUCUAGACGACGCACAGAGACAGGUGGACAGCAGCAUGCACAGGGUUUUGGCCAAAGAGAGAGUAUCUCAGUCUAAAGCCUUGGACUUGCAGAGCCAGCUGAGCAGAGCCAAAACAGAGCAGAGUCAGCUACAGCGAAGCAAGGAGGAGAUGGAGCGUCGUUUCAAGAGUCAGCUGCAGAACUUGAAGGACAGACUGGAACAGUCAGACUCUACAAACCGCAGUCUGCAGAACUAUGUUCACUUUCUCAAAACCUCAUAUGGAAAUGUGUUCGGUGACUCUUUGCUUGCGAGCUGUCUGCAAAAUUCUCCAACCUGACCAGCAUUCAUCCAUUCCUAAAGCAUUGUAGUAGAUCAGAAUGACUUUCUAUUGACUAAUACUUUUAACUGAAGAGUUUUAUAUACUAUCAAUAAAAUGUAUAAAACAUUUCUUAAUAAAAUGCUUAAAUCUUAUGUAAUGUACUUAUAGUCUUUUGAAUAAAUUACUUCCUGCACAA